UUUUUUUAAAUCAAUGCAACGUAUCCUAAACAGAUUCCUUAAUACUCGUUUGACUCGUAUAUCGACAGUCUGCAAAAAAGCAAUAAAGUACGCCAUGGAUCUGCAUUGGAUAGACUCUAAUCAUCCAAUAAAACGGAGUACAAAGUCCGCAUUUUGAUCAAACAAUCUAUUUUUGUCAAGUUACCUGGACGAAUUUGGACCCCAUGAUACUGUCUGUCACUAAGCUCUAAGUUCAUUUCUACGUACGGAGUACCAUAAAAUUAAACAAGAUCAAUACUAUAAGUUUGAUCAUAGGAAUAUAUGACGUAUAUAUUCUACACAUAAUCAGCACAGUAUUACAAUCCCGGAUUACAAUAAAUGCAGGUGAUGUAGAUAAACAGUAGGUUUUUUCCAGCGCAGUUCAUUAUCAGCCGGGCAGAUUCUAUACCAGUGAUGGUAGAAAGGCGGCCUGAACAGUCAAUGGGAUAUUCAACUUGUUUGUGUAGGCUUUCAAAUAGUGACACAUAGCUGAAAUCAACGUGGCAAAUAUGGACAAGGUGUGACAUUGCACUUCAUCGGAUAAACCAAUGGAAUAUUGAUGGUAAUGUUCACGUGAUACACAUUCGGCAGUCACCAAAAUCUGAGCAGCAGAACAAGUAAGACGGCGUCCGGAGAACUCCUUGAUAUAAGCUCGACACCUAAUUAUUGAGCUUCGCGCGGCACUGAGCGAGACUCCACGAACAUGGAUCCGGUAUCUAUCAGUGGUAGAGAAGGGAGAACUGUAGCUGGUGGCAGGAGAAUAGAUGAGCAAUGGAAUGGAUACCAGUGGAAUAUACCACUAGACGAGAUAGUUGACUGUGACUCUGCACCAGAAUGUUGUCGUAAUUGCUACUAUAAUAACAAAGGAAUGAGCAAAAAGAAGAAAUCCGUCAUUGUUUUCUUCAUCCUCGCAUUGUCCGUUAUCCUCACGGCUCUCGUCGUCCGAUUCUCUCUCGGUAGCAUUGAUAUCAUUCUCGGAAUCGGAGACCAGCGACCAAUCAUCAGUCAGGAUAUGAAUUUCUCACCGCUACUCUGCUCCAGUUACAGCAUGGUCAAUGUUCCAAUGCAGCAGAAUCCAGUUCCAUUGUCGUCGUCGUCGUCAUCAUCGUCGUCACUAUCAUCGUCGAGGUCUUCAGAACAAAUGAAACCAGCAAUGUUGCACUCUUAUACUGAAAAUAAUAUUCCCCUGUUUGACGCAUAUAUGCUGCUAGACACACCCUACCGUAGCUACCAAACGAGUUCUUAUACCGUUCAGGAAACGAUGGCAUUUCCUAGCCAUGAGUAUUUCAAUUAUUGGGCCUCACAUUUUGACUCUGGCUCUGAGGUGACGAUUAGUCUUUGUCCGGACUUAGACAUAGAACUUUACCUUGUGGAAGGCAAGGGCGACUUGGAUAAGAUUCUUAAAAACCGCCAAGUCACUGGAUCCUUAAUACACACCUUUUCUCCUUGUUCGUUAUUUCAUAAGGCUUCUAGUUAUCACUUUUCAGUCUUCUCGUCUCCGGAUACCUAUGCCUUUGUUUUUACAAUCGCAAAUACAGGAACACCUAGCAGCUCAAAUACUUCUACCAUUGCUACGUUUUCCUUUAGAAGGAAAGAGCUUGUAUUCGAUGAAGUUGCCUUAUACGCGAGCUGCAAAAAUACAGAGCACUGCUUGCUUCCCGUCCCGAAUAAAGCCAAUUCGAUAAUGAUAGAGAUGAAGCAAAACGCGACUGCAUGGCCGAUGACGAUUCGAACAGAAUGCAUCCCGUCAAUCGGAAUGUACUUUGCCUUUUUUCUUGGCAUUCCAGCAGGUGCAAUGGUUUUCCUUGGGGCCUGCGGCGGAAUCCUGUAUCUGUGCCAGAUGUCUGUCAUGGACGACAUCGAAAGAGCUGAACGUCGGCGUCGUCCUCAUCCAACAGCCAGUCAUUCAGCAUCAACAACGUCAUCAUCAUCAUCAUCCGCUAGCUCCUCUACAUCGGGGACGAUGUCGAGACUGGCUGCGAAUCGACGAGCGUUCAGGACGACGACGUCACCAAGGUCGCCUUUGGUCGAUCACGAUGUGCUGUCGGCGAUGGCCGAGGUGAAUAGACAUUAUGAUCUCCCACCAACGUAUAACGAAGUGGAACACGUUUCGUCACCAGUUGAAGAUCGACCUCCUCCCUCUUUUGAGGCAACGCAGAACCAACAGGCCGAAGAUCCUCCUUCUUAUGACAGUAUUAUGACAUGAUCAAAAAUCAUUUCUUAUAUACCCUCUUGGUCUAUGACUGUUAAUUUUUACUUUAAAAUCGCUGUUUAAAAUUUUAAGAAUGCUGUUUGAGCUCGCCACUCUUGUUAUAAACAUUUUUUUUAAGUUUCAACAAAUCAAAACAAUAAGCUAUAGUUUAAAAAUUUAAACAAGUUUUUAAAGUGACAGGCUUAAUCAACGUGCUUAUUUUUUUUAAACAGCGUUUUUUUACAGUGUCCAUUGUCUAAUUUCCCCAUAUAGCUCACUCUUCUCUCUUAUUUACUACCUUUAUGUUAUCUUCCUUUCUUAACAUCUUUCUCCCUCCCCCCCUCUCUCUCGCUUUCUUAUUGCUAUUCCUGAAUUUCCUCAUUGAUCUAUAUUUCCUUUCUCAUUAUCUUGCCUAUGUUUAAUUGUACUUACCAGCACUCUUCUUUAUCUUCUUAUGUUUUCCAUGUAUCUCUUAAUACCCCGUUUUCCAGUCUUCCCCAAUUUCGUAAUUUGCAUGAUUUUGCAAAACAAUUAGCAAUAACUAGAUAUUUGCAAACGAUGUGUUUCUCAAAUUCAUGUUCGUUUAGAUAUACAGUUGAAAUUGGCAUGAGAUAAAAAAAGAAGUUUACUUAAUAUCCUGGCAAGCCUACCUAAGUCUAUUUGUUUAUGUACUUGUUAUUUGUUUACUAUAAUUAUGAUGACUAAAUUCAUACGAUAAUUAUACUCGUACAACAAUUGGUCUGAAAAGAUGACAAAUUGUCUCCUGAUAUAAAUCUAAACCAUGUAAACAGUAAUUAGUUUGGCUUGGCACGAUUA